AUGGGGGGACAUGAAAAAAAUAAUGUUCUCGAAAUUCCGUUCAAAGAUGCCCCUCGAGGAGUUGAACUUGUGAGGGCGAUGAUUGAGGGUGCGGCGCCGCUACCGACUGAGCCACGCGGGCAAAGAGAAAGCGCCCGCCCGAUUGCAUACAUAAAGGCGAGGACGACAGCUAUACGCAGAGUGACAUUAAGCGUUGUACACCGUGACGGUAGAAUGCAUACUCUAGCUACAAAAAAACUACGAAAAAUAUCCUGUCCCCCCACCUUUAAAAAAUUCAAAGAAGAAAGCAUUUUUCCGAUUUUUCAAAAAAAAAUUGUUUGUUUUGAAUUCUUGGAAAAGAAUAUUUUUUUUAAUCUGUUAAAAAUUUUUUUCAAAAUUUCAGAAUUUUUUCAAACUAAAAAGAACUACACAAAAAUAAUGUCAUUUUUUGGAUUUCUAGAACAAUUUUCAAAUCUUUGGAUUUUUUUAAAUCCAAAAAUAUGA